UUUUAUGUAAAUAAUAUAUAAUUGUCUGUAAUAAAAAUUCUAACAGAAUGAAUGUCGUGACAGCUUUAAAGUUUUAUAUCACCCGGAUGACUGAAGAAAGUGGUCCGGGUAUGAAAGUGCUUUUGAUGGACAAACAAACGACAAGUAUUGUUAGUUUAAUUUAUAGUCAUUCUGAAAUUCUAAUGAAAGAAGUUUAUUUAUUUGAAAAAAUCGAUACUCCAAUACGAAGUGAAGCUCUGAAACAUUUAAAAUGCAUUGUUUUUAUAAGACCUACUAAAGAAAACGUUCAUUUACUCUGUAAUGAGUUAAGAAAUCCCAAAUAUGGAUCAUAUUAUAUUUAUUUUAGCAAUAUCAUUGCCAAGGCUGAAAUUAAAUUAUUAGCUGACAGUGAUGAACAAGAAGUGGUCAAAGAAGUUCAUGAAUAUUAUGCUGAUUAUUUGGCAGUAAAUCCACAUUUAUUUUCAGUAGGAAUAAAUGCAUGUGCCGAAGGCUUAAUGUGGAAUCCUGAAGCUUUACAUAGAUCAUGCGAAGCAAUCAUAUCAGUUCUGCUUUCUCUGAAAAAAUGCCCUUACAUUCGAUAUCAAGGUAGUUCAGAUAUGGCAAAAAGGCUCGCAGAAAAAAUUAGAGAAGUAUUAAUAAAGGAAUCGAAUUCAUUUAAAUUCAGACAAGAAUCAGAUCCGCUAUUACUAAUACUUGAUCGGAGAGAUGAUCCCGUUACUCCGUUAUUAAACCAAUGGACUUAUCAAGCUAUGGUUCAUGAACUGUUAACCAUAAAUAAUAAUCGUGUUGAUUUAUCUCAUAUAAAAGGCAUUUCCAAAGAAUUAAAAGAAGUAGUACUUAGUGCUGAACAUGAUGAAUUUUAUGCUGAAAAUUUAUAUCUUAAUUUUGGUGAAAUCGGACAGACAAUCAAAGAAUUGAUGGAGGAAUUUCAAAAGAAAGCUAAAAAACACCAAAAAGUCGAGAGUAUUGCUGAUAUGAAAAAUUUUGUUGAAGCUUAUCCGUUGUUUAAAAAAAUGUCUGGAACUGUCUCUAAACAUGUCACCGUUGUUGGUGAAUUAUCUAAUUUAGUUGGGACCUAUAAUUUAUUAGAAGUAUCAGAAACAGAACAAGAAUUGUGCUGUCAAAAUGAACAUUCCCAUCAAUUACAAAAAAUAAAAAGACUCCUAAAUAAUCCAAAAGUUAGAGAUGUUGAUGCAACUCGCUUAGUGAUGCUAUAUGCCUUACACUAUGAAAAACAUACGAAUAAUGAAAUCAGUACUUUAGUGGAGAUGCUGAAGAAACGAGAUGUUCCUGAAAAAUAUACCAAACUUGUUCAUAGCGUCCUAGCAUAUAGUGGAAUAAAUCAAAGGCAAAGUAAUUUAUUUGAUAGAGAAGCUGUUGCCAAAAUUACAAAAAAAUUAUUUAAAGGCUUAAGUGGUGUAGAUAACAUAUAUACUCAACAUAAUCCACUGUUAUGUGAAACAAUGGAGGAUCUUCUUAAAGGAAAAUUGAGCACUCAAAAUUUUCCUUAUUUAGGACAGAUGGUUAUGACAAAAAAAAUUCAAGAUGUUAUAAUAUUUAUUAUCGGUGGUACAACCUACGAAGAAAGUUUAGCUGUUUAUAAUUUGAAUAAACAAAACCCAAAUGUAAAGAUUAUUUUGGGUGGAACAACAAUACAUAACUUUCAAAGUUUUUCCAAAGAAAUAGAGUCCGCAACAAAUGGAAUUGUAACAAGUUAUAAAUCUAGAAAUCAUUAAAAACAAACCUAUUUGUUGAUAACUAAAAUAUUUAUCAUUAUCAAUUGGAUACUUGAAAUAUUUAUAUGUUUGU